UUUGAAGGUGAUACGAACCAAUUUUUUAAGAUAUCUUGGGAAAGAAACAUAAAUAUCUUCAUAGUUGGAAACAUCCAAAAUAGAAUUGAAAUUAUGGAACCUGAGGCAGAAAAACUGGUUAAAAAUAUAACAAUAUUCUCUGCAAUGUCGAACAAUAUUGUAUUAUCCUGUUAUCCUACUGAUCCCACUUGUUUUUUCAAUCACUCCUUCGAAUCUAGCUUGUGGACUCCUGAACUCAUGUUGGAAAAGCUAAAUAGAAGAUUCAAGGUGUCAGCAUCAGCACAUCCACCAUAUUUUGAAAGAGAUGGAGAUGGUUACAAGGGAAUUGACUACGAAUUGGUCAAGUUGAUGAUUCCUACCUUGCCCAUCUCUUUUAGAAUCUUCCCAGAUAAGCCACAGGGUGAUCAGAGCGUAAAUUAUGAAACGCUAGUGGAGUUUUUGAACACUGCCAACGAUGGGGACUUGAGCGUUGGAGGAUUAUGGCUAACCAACGAUUUUCCAUCGACACAUCCUUACGCCAAACAGUGCAACACUUUCCUAGUCCAUCGGCCAUCUCUACUUCCCGAUUCGACGUUUGUAUUUCAGUAUUUUCAACUGCCACUUUGGUUAAGUUAUUUCGGGAUUCUGUUUCUUAUGGCUCUCUUGUUGAAGUUUAGCUAUUUAUUUUAUCUUGUGGAUAAUUCUUUCGACUAUUGCUUGCUUUUGAUUUUGCAUUAUGUGGCAAAUUUAGGGAUACCAAGAUUUCCUGAUAGGAGACAAUUUUAUGUCAGGUACGUCUUGAUUGUUUGGAUUGUGUACUGUCUUCUGAUGACCACCUAUUUUUGUGUUGGACUGACAGUAACUCUGAGGUUUCCCAGAUUCACUCAAUCCAUUAACAAUUGGAAUGAUAUGGUAGACUUGAAAAUAAAAUGGAUAGAGAAUUCUGAAUUUUAUAGAGAUCGCAUAUCAGAUUGGGGUACCUACGACAAGUAUCUCAAGAACUUGGCACAUCUUUUCCAAUACGAAAAAGAUAUAAACGAAAUGAACAGAAAACUGAAAGAGAACUACGCAGUUAGAGUACAAAAAUUACCAGGUUUCUACCUAACAAACACAGGUUGGAUGAACGACUACGCUAAAAAAAAUUUCAAGUUGUUGAAGGAUUGUUUCUUAAUUUGGUACAACGCUUUUCUCCUCAAGAACCCCACUCCCUUGUUAGAAUAUAUCAACAAGAAAACUUUGGGAUUGGUUGAAUAUGGGUUUGUUAAGUACUGGUAUCAACAUCAUACUAAUAAGAAGAAGAACAGGUAUAUGACAACGUUUUUCAAUGAGUACUCAGACGAGUUCAUUCAGUUCAUAAAACUUGAUAAGUUGAAGAGUUGUUUCUUUUUGCUUUUCUGUGGAUUGGUAAUGAGUGUGAUAGUGUUUUUAUUGGAAAAAAUUAGAUUUUCAUCGGAGAUUACUACUUUUAAUUGA